AUGGAAACGAAUUUAACCGGUGAUUCUAUCAAGAAAAGAUCUAAAAACGAUGUUGUUACUCUCAAUCAUGAAAUUUCAAAGAAAAGGACUGCUAAUUACACGGUUCCCGCUAAACGUAAAAAGAUCACCGCCACUAACCAAAUGAUGGAAUUAGAAGAUCUUGAAGGACUGAACUCUAAAGAGAUUAAAGAAGAGGAAAACAAUUCUACAGCUCCUAAAGUCAAAAAUGUAUGGCGAUCGGAAGAAGACAAAAUUUUGGUUGAUAAAAUUUUAGAAGAUAUGCCAAGUCCCUCUUGGUCAAAAAUUUCUCAUUGUUUAAAAGAUAGAAAUCCUAACGCUUGUUUGGUUCGUUGGAAAACAUUAAAGAAAAGAUUAUAUCAAAGCAGUCAAUAA